AUGGGUGAAGGUGAGGAAGGAGGUUUUCUUAUACGGGAGUUUGGGGUUGAAGGAGAGGAAAUGUAUACCUUUUCAUGGAGUCAAUUCAACCAAGGUGAGAAUUAUGAGGGUUCUUCAGACCUUAUUAACCUUGAAUACCACAUGGGACCAGUCCUUGCAUCAGCUAUAAAUUUGUAUAUAAUCUGGUAUGGUCAAUGGAAUCCAACACAUCAAGCUACUAUAAGGGACUUCCUGGAUUCCUUAUCUUCUUCUUCUUCAGUUCCUUACCCUUCAGUUGCUGAUUGGUGGGACACUGUGAGGCUCUACACUGACCAAACAGGAUCAAACAUUACAGCUACCAUUUCCAUUUCGGGUGAGUUUUAUGAUUCUGGGUACUCCCAUGGUGUUUACUUAAGUCGUUUAUCGAUGCAAUCGAUCAUCAAAGCUGCGGUUACAUCUCAUUCGAGGCCAUUGCCUCUCAAUCCUCACAAUGGACUUUAUUUGGUGCUAACUUCACAAGAUGUUCAGGUUGAGGAUUUCUGCAGAGCAGUGUGUGGGUUUCAUUACUUCACUUUCCCUAUCCUUGUUGGUGUAACGGUUCCUUAUGCUUGGGUUGGUUAUAGUGGAACUCAAUGUCCAGGGGUAGAUGGGAUGAUCAGUGUUAUCGCUCAUGAGUUAGCGGAAGUGUCGAGUAAUCCAUUGAUUAAUGCAUGGUAUGCCGGAGAAGAUCCAACCGCACCAACCGAAAUUGCGGACUUGUGUUUAGGUUUAUAUGGCUCGGGUGGUGGCGGUGGGUACAUGGGUAAAGUUUACAAAGAUGCUUGGGGAAAUGGCUACAAUGUACAUGGAGUUAAAGGAAGGCGAUUUUUGGUUCAAUGGGUGUGGAAUCCUGUGAAAAGAAGAUGCUUUGGGCCAAAUGCCCUGGACUAGAAUGUGUACCAUGUAUUAAGCUUUAACACUGUUUCUUGCGAUCUAAGUUAUUAUUAACGCCUAUCAAAACGGGGUUAUUAGCCUUUUUGAUAAAUAUUGUAUAUUUUAUAAACUUAUGAUCCUUUGCUUCUUGAA